UUCUGCUUGCACAGAGAGCGGAUCCCGGGUAGCGAGAAGGCGGAGACAACCUCAUGCUAAACAGGACCAAAGAGAAGAAAACACCCUGAACCGGUGGAAAAUCUCUGCCUGACAAAAUGCCGUCCAGAAAAAAAACAGGCAUGUUUGCAGCCGCUUUUGUGACCUGCGCUUGCUCUUUUGUGAUCAUUUGUGUUGUUCUGGCCACCCAGCACUGGGUGAGCAGCAAGGUUCACUUUUCUGGGACAAACUCCAGCGUUACGGUGAGUCUCACCUACGGACUUUUCAGCGGCACCUGCGAACAGCUUGUCGAUGCGGGACUUCUGGUUCCAGAAAAGAUUUUCCAAGUUGCAGCUAACCUGAGCAACACCAAGGCGAAAAGCACCAUCACUGCAAUUAUCGUGAUUUUGGUUCUCGGUUUACUGGUUUCCCUUCUGAGUUCUGGAUUUACCUGCACUAAUGCUGUCAGUAAUCCCUACCAGACAUUUUUGGGACCCAUCGGAGUCUAUACCUGGAAUUCCCUAUGUGGAAUCUUCAUACUUAUAGCCAUGAUACUUUUUCCUGUGAACAUAGAAGGAAACGGCCUGUCUAUAGAAUUGGCCCAUGGAUGUUUUUCUGCUCUGCAGAAAUAUGUCAAAUCUGAACACACUUAUGGAUAUUCAUAUUGGAUCAUGCUGCUCAUCAUUUUUCUGAACAUUGCUUCUAUCGUCAUCAUAUAUUUCUAUGACCAUGCAAGAUAUUCUAAGAAGAAAGAACAGGAAAGACCCAUUGAAAAUGCACCAAAGGAUGUCAUUCUCUUUUAAGGAUACCACUGAAGAGAAAAAUUACUAUUUAAUAUGGACAAUUAUGGCUGAUCAUUUCCAUUCAAAUCGAAGCUGUGUAAAUAGUUCAAUUAACAAAAUAGCCUUUUUUGUCUUCAAAGCAAUUUGAUUUUAUCUUAGGUCUUAAUGUAAUACUUAGAAGUUUCUAUUGGUAAAGGUGCUGCCGAAACAUCUCCGAGUAGAUAUGGCCUGAAGUGCACAAUGCCAGCACCGUCCCGAAGGAAUGGACCUAAUGCACCUUAGGGCUCUGCUCUUCUCCAGAGGGAUCACUGUGAAAACUCACUCUUAGAAGGGUUCCUCCUCUCCAUACCACCACCUUUCCAAGAGGACUGCUGCCCUCUUGCCCACACAGCACAGAGGGGCUGGUUCCCACUCCCACUUUUUGGAUUUUCUGGACCACAGGACAGAGCCAAGGUGGCCAUCCUGGCUUUCCACAGGGGUGUACCAACAUCAGCACUUACGAAUGCAUUUCUCCUUCACCCUUUGGGUCCAAACAGGAAGAUCAGAGACAUUGUUUUGGUUGUAAUUUGGGAUUCAAAGGGCAGAAACAGUGCAAACACCAGGAACACUGGGGACAAUGAGAAAUGGUCAUUAAGAUAUCAGUGCUUCAUUUUGUCCUGCAGUUCUUACUGCUGACCCUUCCCUGCUUAGGGAUCUUCUCCUGCAGGUCCCUAUGGCACUGCCCCGGUGAUCACAGGCAGGCUUGCAGGAUCCUGUCCACCAACAGGAGAGUGAGCACUUGGCCAAACUCGCUUGGGGUCAGUCACCUUCACAUCAACCCUCCCGACGGCAGGAGCGCUGACCCCGUCCAGGCUUCCUUUGCUCAGUGCUUUCAUCCAUGGCUGGGGUGGAGACAGGGCCAUGGCCUACACAAGACAGCAGAGGAGCCCAGCACUCGUCAGUUAAUUUGUAGAAAUAUUAGCGAAUGCUGUUCCAGGUUAUUUAUAGACCCUUGAUUACCAUCAACAGCAACAGGCAAAGCUGCACCUUGGGCAGGUGUGGCCGACACUUUCCCACCCGCUACGCCAGACUUUGUCCCGACACAAAUGCCACGUGGCGGGCUUUAUUAGAGGUGGUUACGGCCAGUACCAUCCCUAUGCCCAUUUUAAUUGGUAUUUAAUAUGCACAGAAAGACACACCACUGCAGAGCUGCACAGAAGUGGGGAGCUCCCUUCCUAUCGCCCCCCUCCAAGGGAAAGCGAGCAGACGGAUGUGACCUGGGGACAGACGCCACCGUGCAAAAUCACGCUUGUGCACGUGCCCCAGGAGAAGUGCACCGUGCAAAACGGCAGUCAGCACCUUCUGCUCCUUCGCUCCUCCCCUCUGCAACUACGAGAGCAAUUUUUUUUAUCACGUUGUUUUCCUUUACAAUACAAUUUUCACUGUCAUAUGCUGUCCUGUGAUGUAAGAGAUGCUCAUGGAGGGGGAAAAAGAAAAAAGGCAUUUCUGAAGAGGGCAUGAGAAGACACAAGAGGCAACUUCUCCCUAUUUAUGUCAAAAAAUAAAGUUCCAGGAUUAAAGCGCCCAGUGUUCUUUCAAAGGAAUCAAAGCAGACAGCUUUUCCAUCCUGCUGCAGCAUCUCACUAAAAGUGUGAUGAGGGCAGAGUGGUGGUGGGGGGAGGAAAUAAAAUAAAAGAGGGUUUCGGAGACUGGAGGGGCAGCAUAGGUCACCAAGAUGAGAGAUGUUAUCUGCUCUCCGCUGCUGACAAGAACCAUGCCUAGAACUGCUUUUCCGUGCUGUAAACAUUGCCGUUGAACCGUCAGAUCCCGGGCGCCCGCGAGCGGGGCUGGCGCGAAGCCAGGCCUUCCCCGCUUCUGCUGGGGCUGCAAAAAAUUUUCACACCGUUUCAGCGCGCAUCUGUCGCUGGCGCACUCGGCCAGCAGCCGUCACACGAUACAGUUACGCUGGUGUCAGGCGCUUGCUCGC